GUUCUGUACGAUUUCGCACACUCGUGUCCACUCCGUACAGCAGACCUCACUAUUUGGAAUCACUGUCGGCAUCGGCUUCGGAAUUGAGCGCUGUGACUGGACCGCGGCUUUCCGCCCGCGUCUUUCCUCUGCCGAGCUCGUUCCCUACCCCAGCUUCGGAGGGGCAUCAACGCGAACCAACGUCGUUGAUACGCAAGCUUUCCCCGCGCAAGUGGGGCAGACGACAGUUCCGCCCUCGCAGGAGCCAUGAAUAUCCUCGAGGCCAUUCCGAGGCCAAGAGCCGCUUUGUGUGCGCUUUCCGCACCUACUUAACAAUCCACCCCCUCCAUAGUCUGCUCAGAAGCUCUAGAGACACCGAAAUCCGGCAUCAUGGUCUACACAGCAUCCUUCGCCUUCUUCGAGGCCAUCUGGGAGGCGGGCGUCACGCACUGCUUCGUGAACCUGGGCUCCGACCACCCCAGCAUCAUCGAGGCCAUCGUCAAAGGCCAAAAUGAGAAGAAGGGCCAAUUCCCGAAGAUCAUCACCUGCCCGAACGAGAUGGUCGCCCUCUCCAUGGCCGACGGCUACGCUCGAUUGACCAACAAACCGCAAUGCGUCAUCGUACACGUCGACGUCGGAACUCAGGGCCUCGGAGCUGCUGUGCACAACGCGUCGUGCGGGCGUGCGCCCGUGCUGAUAUUCGCCGGCUUGUCGCCGUUCACGUUAGAGGGAGAGAUGCGCGGAAGCAGGACGGAAUACAUACACUGGAUUCAGGAUGUGCCCGACCAAAAGCAGAUUGUUGCCCAGUACUGCCGGUAUGCGGCCGAGAUCAAGACGGGCAAGAACGUCAAGCAAAUGGUCAACCGCGCCUUGUCGUUUGCGAUGAGCGAUCCAAAGGGCCCCGUCUAUCUGUGCGGCGCUCGAGAGGCCAUGGAAGAGGAUCUCACCCCAUAUAAAUUGGAGACGGAAUACUGGCACCCCAUCGAGCCCGCAGCGCUGCCACCAAGUGGCGUGAAAACUAUUGCGGAGGCGUUGGCGAGUGCGCAGGAACCGCUCGUAAUCGCAGGCUACUCUGGCAGAAAUCACGAUGCGGUACAAGAGCUGGUCAAUUUGGCGGACAAUGUCAAAGGACUGCGCGUGCUCGACACCGGCGGCAGCGACAUGUGCUUUCCCGCAAACCAUCCCGCCUGGCUUGGCCUGCGCUACGGUGUCGAGCCCAAGAUCAAGACCGCCGAUGUGAUCCUCGUCCUCGACUGCGACGUUCCCUGGAUCAACACACAAUGCCACCCCAAAGACGGCGCAAAAGUCUUCCACAUCGACGUCGACCCGCUAAAGCAACAGAUGCCCGUCUACUAUAUCAAAGCCCUCCAACGCUACCGCGCAGACUCCUCCACCUCGCUCGCGCAAAUAAACGCCUAUCUCAACGCCAAUCUGAAAGAAAAACUCUCCAGCAACCUCUUCUCAGACCGAUGGACCGCCCUCCAAGAAUACCACAAGAAGAAGCUUGAAAUCAUCGCCAGCGAAGCAAAAGUCGACGAUAACGGCCACUUCAGCACUCCCUAUCUCGCCCAGCAACUCAAGAAACUGUGCCCCAAUGACACCAUCUGGGCCAUCGAAGCCGUCACGCAAACCGCCUUCGUUGCCGACCAACUCCAAGCCACCCUCCCUGGCUCAUGGAUCAACUGCGGCGGCGGAGGCCUAGGCUGGUCCGGCGGAGGCGCACUGGGUAUCAAACUCGCGACCGACGCAGAAGGCCAGAAAAAAUUUGUCUGCCAGAUCGUCGGCGACGGCACCUAUCUCUUCGCGAUUCCGGGCUCCGUGUACUGGAUCUCGCAGCGCUACAACAUCCCCAUCCUCACCAUCGUGCUGAACAACAAGGGCUGGAAUGCGCCGCGGAAAUCGAUGCUGCUUGUGCAUCCGAAUGGCGAGGGGAGCAAGGUCAGCAAUGAGGAGCUGAAUAUUAGUUUUGCGCCGACGCCCGAUUACUCGGGGAUUGCAAGGGCGGCGUCUGGGGGGCAGAUUUGGGCCAAGCAUGCAAGUACCGCGGAAGAGCUGGCGAAGUUAUUGCCGGAGGCUAUUGAGAGCGUGAUGAACGGAACGACGGCCGUGUUGGAUGCCCAUCUUGAGGGGCCGGACGGCAAGUAUGGCGGUGGGAAGGCUGUGCUGGUGGGAUAGGUAGAGAUAACCGUAUGGUAUACAACCAAGCAACUAUACAUUGACUCUAACGCUAAAGUCGUU